AGUUCUGAUGGACAGUGAAGGAUCAGACUCUGAAAACGAGAAAGAAAACAAUGCUUCACCUCCACCCUCAAAUUCUGCAGGAUCUUCACAAAACCCACAGAGAAAGUGGUCUACAGAGGAGAUCCAGGCUGUGGAAAAGACUCUAAUGGACUACAUCAGUUCUGGCGAGGUUCCUGCGGAAAUAUCCAGAAUGUCAGAAGAAAGUCUCACGAGCCAAAACAAAGAAGAACUGAAGAGGCGACUGGAGCUGCUGCAGGAAGAGUACGAGAGAACGGCACAGAGAUUACAGCGUGCUGAGAGGAGGGAGGCGAUACGUAAACAUGUCCAAAACACAGUCGUGAAGCAAAAUCGCCUCCUGCACACUUCAACUGUAUUAGAUCAAAGCUCAUCUUCUACUCCAGAGCAGCUUUCUAACAACCUGAAUGUUCCUUCAGACACCACCAAGGUUCGUUUCUGUCUUCCUGACGGCUCUCCGUUUUCCACCUUAACGUGUAAACCAAACCCGUCUCGAACUCACCGUCUCCGGUCCAGACGCAGCCGUCUGCGUCUGCAGGUGAGGGAGAGAGAGUCAGAUCCAGAAGAGAGUCAAGAAAAGACGAGAGAAGGAACGGAGGAGAGGUGGAAUGAAGAACGAGGAGAAAAGGAUGAGGUUGUGGAGAGAGGACGGACCGAAGAGGAAGAGGAGAACACGGAGGAGACAGAAACGGUGAUGGAUGGAUUGAAAAGAAAUGAAGAAAAUCCAACGGCAAUAAUUCUCUUCAGCAGCAGAGAGUUUGUGUGUCAGCCAAUCACCUUCGAUGAAGCUGUCUGAAGGUAACCUCCCUCUUGAGGACCAAUCAGCUGUCAGAACCUCCCCACCAGCCUCCUGCUAUUCCAGCUCCAGUGAUCGCUCGAACCGGUCCACUGACUCAUUGGGUGAGUCGUGCUCUGGGAUGGUUCACGCUGCAGAGCAAACUUCAGGGAGCUCCGGUAUGUUAACGUCCUGCACUCUAAUCGAAGGUUUGCCGUUUCCUGUUGAGUAUUACAUCCGUACCACCAGGCGAAUGGCGUCGGCUCACAGCUCUGUAGAUCUGAACGCUGUCAUUCAGAGCCAGCUCUCAAAUGGACGGGGCAGACGGAGGUCAAACAGAGGUCGCGGCACCUCACGACCUCCGUCUGAAAAUCCUCCUGAACAAAGCGGAUGUAGACAGCAAGGACGUCGAGGACACGGGAGAGCGCGAAGUUCCAGUCGUCCGGUCGGUCCCGGUCCCUCCUGCAGUCUUCCUCUUCACUUCUACAGAAAGAACCCGAGCCGGUACCAUCACCCAAACCCAGCUCAGAUCCUGCUCCAGAGUCUCAGUCUCACCUCAGCUCGGAGAAAUCACUAGAUCCCCAGGUGUACCCCAUUUUUAGGAAGAAUCCUGGAAUGUCUGGUUCUCAGAUUCCUCUAUGCACUAAUGGUUCCUCACACCUUCUGUCUUCGAUAUCUUCUCUGGCUCAGGGUCUGAGAACGAAGGAUUUCCAAAAACUAAGCGGCCUGCUAACAAAAUUCGACGUGCAGGAUUUUCAUCUCCCGGACGACGAGUUCGGUCAACUGAAGCUGGAGCGACUCUGCUCUUCCUGCUCCAACGUAGAACGUAGUUGCUUCAGAACUAGUAAGGGUGCCAAUACUUCUGGAGGUGAUCAGGUAGAACAUGAGGAGACUGUUCUGUCCUCAUUUCCACAGAGUGCUUCUUUAAAAAGUAGUCUUCCUCUGAAGUUUACUGAGCAGGCGGAGAUGGAGAACUUCGACCAGUCAGAAUGUGAGAUGAGAGAAACUGAAGAUCUUUCGAAUAGAUCUGUUACAAACCAAUCAGAAAUGCACCACAACAGAGAGGAUGUAAAACACACAGAGCAGAUCAAGUCACAUGAUCCUCACACACUCUCAGCUAGCAGGAGUUUAAUGCUUAACCUUAGCAUGUCCUUGACCUCUCACACCCAGUCUGAUCACAAUCCACCAGUCCUCUCACUGGGUCUCACCCCUAAUGUAUUAACCACCUCCCCUUCCUCAGAGCUCAUGCCUUUUCUCCAAGCUUCUGAUCUGGAUGCUGCUUUAAAUACAGCUGAUCUGCAAAACGAAGAAAUCACAAGUGGGUCAGUAAGUCCUAAAGUGCAGAUACAGGGCUGUGAUGUUUCUGAGCAUACUUACAGCAGGAUCUAUAGUGCUGAUGUUUUUAAAAUGGAGAUUGAAUCACCUGAACAGGUGAACAACCUCCCUCUUUCUCCCCAUGACUCACCACUUUCUCAAAACAACCACCCUCUUUCUCCCCAUGACUCGCCACUUUCUCAAAACAACCCCCCACUUUCUCAAAACAACCCCCCACUUUUUCACCAUGGCUCCCCACUUUCUCAAAAUAACCCCACACUUUCUCAAAAUAACCCCUCUCUUUCUCACCAUGACUCACCACUUUCUCAAAACAACCCCCACUUUUCACCAUGGCUCCCCACUUUCUCAAAAUAACCUCUCUUUCUCACCAUGACUCACCACUUUCUCAAAACAACCCCCACUUUUCACCAUGGCUCCCCACUUUCUCAAAAUAACCCCUCUUUCUCACCAUGACUCACCACUUUCUCAAAACAACCCCCACUUUCUCACCAUGGCUCCACACUUUCUCAAAAUAACCCCUCUUCUCACCAUGACUCACCACUUUCUCAAAAUAACCCCUCUUCUCACCAUGACUCACAACUUUCUCAAAACAACCCCUCUUACUUACCAUGGCUCCCCACUUUCUCAAAACAACCCCUCUUUCUCACCAUGACUCACAACUUUCUCAAAACAACCCCUAUUUCUCACCAUGACUCACCACUUUCUCAAAAUAACCCCUCUUUCUCACCAUGACUCACAACUUUCU